AUGCAAUCGAUGCAAACAAAAGGAGCACACGGCAAAAAUCAAACAUCGGAUGACAGGAUGGGUUUAAUUGGUACUGAACAAUUGUCAUCAAUUAUUUCACAAAAUUUUCACGAUGAAAAAGGAUCACCUUUGCUAUUUAGUGAGGAUAAUUCAAUGGUAAUAAAUUCAAUGGAACCGCAUGAAAAACGACGAAGACGACGUAAGCGACGACGAACAUUAGAUGUAUACUUUUGUGAAUUUUGA